ACAUUAAGAGUCAAUGUACAUUUUACUGGUUUCUGCUGUGUUCUGGGGACAAUUUACUUUAGGAUUUAGUGAUUUCUACAGGAAAGUAUUUCAAUAGACUAGCCCUAUAACCAUGCAUUACAGAUAUUGUUUUUGUCAUCACGGCCACGCCUUGAGUUGAUUUUGAAAGUUGAAACUGUUUAUUACAUUAGUUUUUCGAAUUAAAAGCCACGUCAUUCAAUUACAUCACAAAAAUAUAAGCUAAGUCUGUUGUGCAUCGAUUGUUAUAAAUGUCAGCCAAGAAAACCAUAAAUAUUGUCAAAGAGGUGGCGUUAACGUGCGCUUAUAAAAACAGAAAGCGAAACGUGCACACUUCACACGUCUUUCUUCACACGUCCUAGAUGGGCAAGAUUUACCAGGUCAUGGUUGUUGGAAUAAAGGGGGAGAAAAAAACUAUUGAUGUAGCCAGCUCAGAGGAAGACUUCAAUAAAACCACUAUUUUGGAAUUAAAAAAGAAAGUUGCAGAAAAGUUACCUGGACAAGCAGGAGAUGACCCAUCGUCCAUGAGGCUCCUGUACACAGAUAAACAACUGGAGGACAAUGAUACGUUUUUAGACCACCAAAUCAAGGACCGCUCCACUCUCUUCAUGGUCCUGCGUCUUCCUGGAGGUUCCCAAACCCGAUAAGAGGAACAGUUCUUGCUGCAAUGCACCUCGUGGUGUCGAGAAAACAAAAACAGUUGACACAGAGACUCACUCCACUCCUCAACUAUUUGUGCCAAGCACCUUGCUGUACACUAUUACAUGGUCUGAGAGUCGUGCCACUGUCAGAAAACUCUGUGAAACUUGAAAUGUAAAAAAUAGAGAAAUGUAAUUAUAUGUAUAUAAACUGAAUAAAAUGUGAAUACAAUCAAAA